AUGCCAAAGACAAUACAAAAAAGGGGGAACACCUCUACCACUACAGUAGUCGAAGGUAUUAUCAAUAAUACUGAUAAUGGUGAUUCUAUUGAACAAGUGAAGAGAAAAGUUGUUUAUAAAUUAUACAGGUGGGAUGAAAUCCCUGAGUGGCAGAAGGAUAAUGAACAUAUCAUCAGUGGGUAUGUUCGUGAAACAAAUAGUUUCAAAGGAUGUUUGCACAGCUUAUUUUAUGUUCACAAUGAAUCAGGAAAUGUAUAUUCACAUCUUCUCCCUGGAGUUUUCUUUUUCUUCACGAUGGUGCUAAAUAAAUAUGGAAUAACAAUAUACUCAACUACAAGCAUUGUAGAUUAUCUUAUGAUAGACCUAUUCUUUUUUGGGGCCUUCUGUUGUCUUAUUCUCAGUAGUCUUUUUCAUUGUUUUAAGAGUCAUUCGUUGAAAGUAGCCACUUUAGGUAAUAAACUAGACUAUUUGGGGAUUGUAAUUCUUAUUGUCACAUCGAUGAUAAGUAUAAUGUACUUCGGUUUUUUUGACAAUCCAUUAUUUUUUUAUUUUUUUUCCUCUUUGACUUUCUUAUUUGGUGGUGCAUGCGCAACUGUAUCUUUGAAAGAUCAUUUCCGUUCUAGAGAAUGGAGACCGUAUAGAGCUGGAUUAUUUGUUGCCUUUGGCCUUUCAGCAAUUCUCCCAAUAUUAGCAGGUACAUUCUAUUAUGGUAUUGAAGAAACUUUUAUUCGAAUCCAACUAAAAUGGAUAAUCUUGGAAGGCUUCUUUUAUAUAUUCGGGGCUUUUCUCUAUGGGGUGAGAUUCCCUGAAAAAUAUGUACCUGGAUCUUUUGAUAUUUGGGGACAUUCCCACCAAAUAUUUCAUAUUUUAGUCGUAGUUGCCGCUUUUUGUCACUUAAGAGGCUUAUUAUCUAGUUAUGAAAUCGUACAUAGUAGACUUUAG